GGAGGGUGUGGUUGAGGUGGUGGAACGGUGUGGGCCGUUUGGUCGCGCGGCGCUUCCGGCGCGUUGCUAUGGUUGCUGCUGUCAACUUCCGGUGAGGUGUGGCGCCGCCGUGAGGAGCGGGAGUGUGGCCGGGGGGACGCCGUGGCAGUCGCCAUGCGUCCUAAAGCGGGCGACAGGCACCGGCAGGGCCAAAGUGGACCUGCAGGAGGAAAGGCAGCACCACCAAGGCCUGCUAAAGCUGUCUCUAAAAAGCGGGAUGAAGAUGCUUCCACUGAAGCGGGAGGGGGAGCAGAUGAAUGGGCGGCAGCAAAGUCUCUAGUCAAACCCAUAGAUCAACUGGAGCUGACUGAAGCUGAAUUAAAAGAGGAAUUUACAUGCAUCCUGAAAGCUAAUAAUCCCCACGCUCCCCAGAACAUCAUCAGAUACAGCUUUAAAGAACGAGCAUACAAAUCAGUAAGCCAUGUGGAUCAAAUGGCCAUUCAUUUCUCUUUGAAUGGAAACCUGAUACUUAAAGAUUCAGAUGAAGGCAGACGGCAGGGUGUCAAAGUAAGCCCUGCAGCAGAAAAGGCUCCUGUUGAGACUUCUGCAGUAAUAUCUGAAGAGGCAGAGAUUAAAGAUGAAGGAAGCAAAGGAGAUACUCAGGCUGCAGGACAAGAAGAGACAGAGGUGUCAGGAACAGCAGAGGUAUCUGAGGAAGCAGAGAAAGAAGAGCCUUCUCCCAUAAAACCAAAGGAGCAGAAGUUUGCAAACCAGUUCAACUUCACUGAGAGAGCUUCGACAACGCAAAACAAUCCUAUGAGGGAAGCAGCAUGUCAGCCGGAGUCUGCACCUUUUAAAAACUUCUCAGUCACUGUUAACCAGUGGAACAUCUAUGAUGCCUAUGUGGAAGAGCUUAAGAGAAUAGAAAAGGCAAAAGAGAAAGAAAAACCAAGACCUCAGACAGCAAGGCAAGAGGAGGAGAGGAAGAAGGGAAGAAAGUUAACAACUCUGGAGUCACAGCAGGGUAUAAAUAAGAUCUCAAAGGCUGCUAAAAUAACGGAGCGGAUGGUGAAUCAGAACAUAUUUGAUGACAUUGCAGAAGAUUUUAAAUAUUUUGAGGAUGAGUCGGAUGAAUUCAGAGGCCAGCAAGGAACCCUUCUCCCACUGUGGAAGUUCCAGUGUGACAAAACCAAGAAACUUGCAGUUACUGCCAUCUCCUGGAAUCCAAAAUACAAGGAUCUGAUUGCAGUGGGAUAUGGCUCUUAUGACUUCGUGAAGCAAGGCCACGGCAUGCUCCUGCUCUACAGCCUGAAGAACCCCUCCUUCCCAGAGUAUGUCUUCAGCAGUGAGAGUGGCAUCAUGUGCGUGGACUUUCAUAAUGACUACCCCUACCUCCUGGCAGUGGGCUUCUAUGAUGGCAAUGUGGCCAUCUACAACCUAAAGAAGGCAACGUCCCAGCCCAGCUACAAGAGUAGUGCUAAUUCAGGAAAGCACAUGGAGCCAGUGUGGCAGGUCAAGUGGCAGAACAAUGGCGUAUACAACAAUUUGAACUUCUUCUCUGUCUCCUCGGAUGGGCGAAUUGUUUCAUGGACUUUAAUGAAGAAUGAGCUGGUUCAUACAGAUGUCAUCAAGCUGUCAGUAGAGGGAACAACGGUGCAGUGGCAAGAGGGGCUGCAGCUGCAAAUGCUUGGCUGUGGGACAUCAUUUGAUUUCCACAAAAAGAUAGACUAUUUGUUUCUUGUCGGUACUGAAGAGGGAAAAAUCUAUAAGUGUUCAAAAUACUAUUCGAGUCAAUUUUUGGAUGUGUUUGAAGCCCAUCACAUGGCCGUGGACUCAGUCAGAUGGAAUCCCUACCACUUGAAAGUCUUCAUUUCCUGCAGUUCUGACUGGACAGUCAAAAUCUGGGAUCACACCAUCAAGACUCCAAUGUUUGUUUAUGACCUGAGUUGUGCUGUAGCGGAUGUUGCAUGGUCCCCUUACUCCUCCACGGUCUUUGCUGCAGUCACCACUGAUGGCAAGGCGCACGUGUUUGAUCUGAGCGUUAAUAAGUAUGAAGCACUUUGCACUCAGCUAGUGGUGGCCAAGAAGAAAAAUAAAAUAACCCAUAUCCAGUUUAACCCUGUCUACCCUGUUAUCGUCGUUGGAGAUGAACAAGGCCAUGUUAUCUCCUUGAAGCUCUCGCCCAAUCUGCGCAAGGUGCCCAAGGGGAAGAAAGGCCAGGAGGUUAAGAAGGGUCCUGAGGUGGAAAUUGCAAAGCUGGAAAAGAUCCUUAACCUGGUGAGAGAGCCAGAGAGCAAGGCAGAGGAGUGAGCGUGUGGGAACGAUGGCUUUG